AUCGUGGUCAAGUCUAUGGUCCAACUUCCGACCAACAUCCUCAAUAUCGCGAAUCUCCAAGGUACAUGUGAGCAGCCGGAUAGACCGCAACAGCUGCUAUCUCUAGGGCAAGAGGUCAUUCUACCCUUGGAACGAUAAUAUUGCAACCACGCCUUACCUGGAUUAAAAGCGAGAUCCCAACCGGCAGCACACGACGAAUAGGUCCCUCCCGACGUCCUCGCGACAUCUAGUGACCGAGUAUCCGACCGGCACGUCCAAAACAUCAUCCGACGCACUUGGUGCACUCGAAACAAUGGUCGCUCUUUUUGUCUACGAAAAGGACAUGCAUGAUCCAACUCCGGAUAUCCCUUCCCUCGAAGGAAAGGUCAUCUUUGUCACUGGCGGAACAGCAGGCCUAGGCAAAUCCACAAUCCUCGCCCUCCUGGCUCACAACCCAUCACACAUCUACUUCUCAGGCCGCUCCCACGCCUCGGCCAAAGCCCUCAUCGAAACCGCCGCUUCCUCCUCCUCCUCCACCACAGCAACCCCUCUACCCCUAACCUUCGUUCCCCUAGACCAAACCUCCCUCCCCUCAAUCCGCGCCGCCAUCAAGAAACACUUCACCCACGCCCGCCUCGACAUCCUCAUCAACAACGCAGGCAUCAUGGCCGGCGCCCCAGGCCUCUCAGCCGACGGCUACGAGAUCCAGUUCGCUACGAAUCACCUAGGCCACGCCAUGAUUAUUCGAGAGCUACUACCGGUCCUACUACGUACCGCUGAGGGGUCUGGAUCUUCAUCUAGCGGCGGCGGCGGCGGCGGCGACGAUGCCCCGGCCGACGUACGCAUCAUCAACCUCACGUCCGUCGGGUACCAAGCCCACCCGAGCGACGGCAUCUCCUUUGAGACGCUGGAUACGACGCAAGCUGGACCGCCGGUUCUGGGCCAGUGGAUUCGAUACGGCCAAAGCAAACUCGCAAACAUCCUCUUCACCCGCGAACUCGCCCGCCGCCACCCCUCCAUAACAACCCUCGCAAUCCACCCCGGCGUCGUCGACACAGGCCUAGUUACGAACCAGAGCCGCCUCAACCGCCUCUUCGUCUACCUCCCGCAAAAGAUCAUGGGAUCCUCCGUCCUGACGCCGGAGCAGGGCUGCUGGAACCAGGUCUGGGCUGCGGCGGCGGCCAAGAAGACGGAUCUCGUGAAUGGAGGGUUUUAUAUGCCCGUCGGGCAUCUAGCGGAUGAUAAGCUGGAUAAGACGGCGACGGAUGGGGAGUUGGCUGGACGGCUUUGGCAGUGGACGGAGGAUGUUUUGGAUCGGGUUGAGUGAGUGUACGUCGGGGUUGUAUGGCAUUUUCUAUCCACUCUUGAGAUGUGCUGGAUAUCGAUUUUCUCUUGUUAUUUUAUGGUGCGUUCAACUCUAUAUGAAAUUGGACAUGAAGAAGGCGACUAUUGCAGUGAACUCAUUGCCCAGGCUGCACUGUGUAGACAGACAAUUAGAUCCCUG